AUGUCUGGGACUCCCAAGCGCAAGCCCCCUGCGCAGUGUGAGGGCCCUGACAAGAAGAAGGGACGGCAGGGGACAGAGGAGGACAACUUCCGCUCCACUGCGGAGGCCCUCAAGGCCGCGCCCACAGAGAAGCGCACAGUCCGCGUGGACCCCUCGUGUCCUCUCAGCCACAAGCCUGGGGCCCAGGUGCACGAGGACUACGACUGCACCCUGAACCAGACCAACAUCGGGAACAACAACAACAAGUUCUACAUCAUCCAGCUACUGGAGGAUGGCGGGCGCUUCGCCUGCUGGAACCGCUGGGGCCGCGUGGGAGAGGUGGGCCAGUCCAAGCUCAGCUACUUCCCGUCCCUGGAGGAUGCAAAGAAGGACUUCGAGAAGAAAUUUAAGGACAAGACCAAGAACAGCUGGGCGGAGCGGGAGCACUUCGUGGCCCAGCCCGGCAAGUACACGCUCAUCGAAGUGCAAGGCGAGGAGGAGGCCCAGGAGGCUGUGGUGAAGGUGAAGUGGCCUCUCCUCAGGUGCCAGCUCCAGCUGCUGGACCCAGAGGCGCCUGAGUACAAGGUGAUCCACACCUACUUGAAGCAGACCGGCGGCAGCUACAGGAGCCCGGUGCUACGGCACGCUUGGAAAGUGAACCGAGACGGGGAGGGAGACAGGUUCCAGGCCCACUCCACACUGGGCAACCGCAGGCUGCUGUGGCACGGCACCAACGUGGCCGUGGUGGCCGCCAUCCUCACCAGCGGGCUGCGCAUCAUGCCGCACUCCGGCGGCCGCGUGGGCAAGGGCAUCUACUUCGCCUCGGAGAACAGCAAGUCGGCCUGCUACGUUACCACCAUGUCAUGUGGGGCCCACCACAUCGCCUACAUGUUCCUGGGGGAGGUGGCCUUGGGCAGAGAGCACCACAUCACGGCUGAUGACAACAGCUUGAAGCAGCCACCCCCCGGCUUCGACAGCGUCGUCGCCCGAGGCCACACGGAGCCUGAUCCCACCCAGGACACGGAGCUGGAGUUGGACGGCCGGCGAGUGGCAGUGCCCCAGGGCCAGCCCAAGCCCUGCCCCGAGUUCAGCCAUUCCUCCUUCUCCCAGAGCGAGUACCUCAUCUACCAGGAGAGCCAGUGCCGCCUGCGGUACCUGCUGGAGGUGGGCCUCUGAUAGCCGCCCUCACCCAGGCCCUGCCGGGGAGAGACUGCCGUCUGUCUUCUCGUCCAGACCCGGCCCCCAUGUCACCGCUUCUUGCUCCCAAAUCUCCCUUCUGUGUCCCAGACAGUGGUCCCCGCCCCCUCCAAUCCCCACUGCCCUGGCCUGGCUGUGGCCCCGAGUCUCGCCUGCUAACGUGACAGGAGUGAGGGACUGGCGGUAUCCCUGGGUCACAAUGCCGCAGCCUCUUCAGGGCUGUGUCAUCAGAGGGGCACAGGCUGAGGGUGUCAGACCUCUUACCCGCCCGGGCUGUCCACCAGGCCCAGCCUGUCCAUCCCAGAGGUGUGACCGCCAGUGGAGGCUGGACAGCAGGCAGCAAGUUUAUUAAACACUGUCCACUCACCCCA